AUGGAUGCUGCUCCUGCAAUUAGGUGUCAGUCGCCGGGGCCGUCGUAUGUUGACGUCGAGAGAGCCCAAGAGCCAGAUUCGGGAUACGUUACCCAAUCUACAUCGCUCAAUAGCAAGUCACCCGAGCCGUUUCCACCCAAAUCUCCCGCCGUUGAGAGCAAGCCUCGCCCCGAGCCGUUUCUACCCAAAUCUCCCGCCGUUGAGAACAAGCCUCGUCCAGAGCCGUUUGGGCUGUCUAGGCUGUUUGGGCUGACCAAUCUCGCCGAUCGAGCCGACCUCGCCGAAUUCGACAAGUCUGUUGACGACCAUACCGUUUCUCGCUUUGCCCACAUCCACACUCAGAUUGAGAAACCACUGCUAGCUUAUAUUCACCGUAAACUUCCUCGGAAAAAGUACGGACCGAUUGCCCUGCGAUUAAUGAUCUUAGGACGGAACGAGUAUGAUGCAAAGCCGUGCAUCGUGGCCUUCUGCCCCGAAGAACAGUGCAAAAGGGUCAGAAAGUUUUUCGACAAGAGUUCCGUUGCGGCUUUGUGCCGACCCGAAGAUGAUGCCGUGCCUUCAUUCGACGUGUUUGUCCGCGGUCGGUCCUUGGAGACCAAGCACAGAGACGAGGAUGUUGACAUCUUGAUCCCCAUUGUUGGGGGCCACGAGGGGUAUACAGACGACACGUACUGCGGCGCACCGAUCCUUAUCCAGGGUGACUCAUCGGAGGUUCGCGCGUGUACGUUUGGUGGCAUCAUCAGUGCUGUUUCGAUGGAUGGAAUAGGAAGGCUAUACGGCCUAACCGUCGGCCACGUUCUGUUGGACGACUCGGAUGAUGACCUUACGUCAGACGACUGGGGCCUUCAAGUUUCAGACUCUGAAAGCGAGGGCGAGCCAGAUGAGGUCGUCGAAUCAGAUCCCGAGAAGACUGAGUUCUUGCACGCCAUGGACAAUUUCCACCUGGCUUCAGACGACAGUCAUCGCCCCUUUGCGUCUUGGGCACCUUCCAUGUUGCGCAGGAUCGGGUGCAUUGCCAAGGACUCUCUGGCUCAAAUAGCCACGUCUAACAUGAUAAGAGAUGAUGCCGGGGGCUACUACGACUGGGCAUUGAUCGAUAUGACGAAACACAAACCAAACCGGAUCCGGCCAAGAAGACUGUCCAACGGUGAGAUUCAGGGUGAGGAUAUCAGGUCCGGGGAUCUCUUAAUGCCGGUCACGCCACCUUGCAGCACUGGAAAGAGACAGUCGGUCACUCUACUAAGUGGAUCAGGAGGGUUGAAACGCGGGUCUCUAUCGCCUUUGCCUUCUAGACUGCUUCUCGGUCCCGGAAACGCAUUUGUGGACACUCUUAUCCUCAAUCUCGACGACGAUCAGCAAAUCCAGGAUGGCGAUUCGGGGUCGUGGGUGGUCAAUGAGACUACCCUCGAGGUAUAUGGCUACGUCGUCGCCGCAGAUUCCUUUGGUGGGGGUUAUGUCAUCCCUAUUCUCGAAGCCUUUCAGAGCAUUGGGGCCUCACUAGGACCCUCGUAUUCUAUUCGUAUCGCGACCACAGUUGACAUGGCAGCUGCCAAGCUGGACGAUGACCGAUGCGCGGCUGGCGGGCAGGUUCUCCCUUCUGAAGGGGGCCGAGAAGGCUAUAUGUGGAUAGACGAGGUGCCCCAGACUCCUGGGUUUCUUGGCAAACCCAACUCUAAGUCAUUGCCCAACUCUAAUUCCUUGAGGGGAAUAUGGCAGCCUGACUCGGGCUAUUCCUCUAUAGACAAGUAA